AGACCUCUUCCUUUCCCCCUAUCGUUUGUGAUUGUUGGCGCGGCAGCGAGCUGUGGACUUCUGUAAGGAAAAAGUCAGAGCCCGGCCUCGGGGGAGAGCUCUGCAGACUCGGACCAGCACCACCGGCUCUGAAUUUUCUAGAAUUUGAACCCUUCGGAUAGAAGAAGCCCAAGGAAGACUGAUCAGUCCUUACAUUUCUGAUAACAUGGCCCAAUUUCAGGGAUCAGUGACAUUCAGGGAUGUGGCCAUAGCCUUCGCUCAGCGGGAGUGGGAGAGUCUGGAUUCUGCUCAGAGGGAUGUGGACAGAGAUGUGAUGUUGGAGAACUAUAGGAACUUGGUCUCUCUGGCACGUCAUUCCUGUUCUAAACCACAUGAGAUUACCUUAUUGGAACAAUGGAAAGAGCCCUGGAUGAUAGUGAAGAAAGAUCAAGGGAGACAAUACACAGAAUUUCAGUUGAAGGAUGAGACAAUCAGCUAUAAAGAAAUGCUCACCUACGAAAAAUUUGCAUCUUUCACUCUGCAUCAGAGAAAUCUUCAUAGAGAGAAACCAUUUGAAUGUCAGAAAUGUGGGAAGACUAUCUGUCAAGUCUCAAAGCAUGUUCAACAUGAAAGAAUAUGUUCUAGUGAAAAAACCUACCAAUGUAAAGAAUGUGGGGAGAACUUUAGUAAUGGACAUCAGCUCACUGUACAUCAGAGGCUGCAUGUUGGUGAGAAAUCCUAUAAAUGUAAGGAAUGUGGGAAAGCUUUUAUUAAAGGCUCAGCCUUCGUUAAGCAUGGAAGAACUCAUACUGGUGAGAAACCAUAUGCAGGUGAGGAAUGUGGGAAGACCUUUAGCAGUAGCCAUCAUUUACAUCAGAGUCUGCAUCCUGGUAAGAAACCAUAUGAAUGUGGGGAAUGUGGAAAAGCUUUUUAUAGUAGCUCAUACCUUGUUCAGCGUCAAUGAAUCCAUAAUGGUGAGAAAUCCUAUGAAUGUAAGGAAUGUGGGAAAGCUUUUAUAGUGUAUGGAAAGCUUAUUCGGCAUCAGAGUAUUCAUACUGGUGAAAAACCCUAUGAAUGUAAAGAAUGUGGGAAGGCCUUUAGUACUAGCUCCCCCCUUGUUAAACAUCAAAGAAUUCAUACAGGUGAGAAACCCUAUGAGUGUAAGGAAUGUGGCAAGGCCUUUACGUAUGGACAACUUACUAGACAUCAGAGUAUUCAUACUGGUGAGAAACCCUUUGAAUGCAAGGAAUGUGUAAAGACCUUUAGACUUACCCUUAGUUCACUUCUUAAUGCACAUCAGAGAAUUCAUGCAGGGGUUAAGCCCUAUGGAUGCAAGAAAUGUGGGAAAGCCUUUAGUUGUGUCUCAUACCUUGUUCAACAUGAAAGGCUUCAUACGGGUGAGAAACCCUAUGAGUGUAAGAAGUGUAGCAAGGCCUUUAGUACUGGCUUAUACCUGGUUCAGCAUCAGAGAAUUCAUACUGGUGAGAAAUGCUAUGAAUGUCAGGUAUGUGGCAAAGCUUUUAUUAGUCGCCAUCAACUUACUGUGCAUCAGAGGGUUCAUACUGAUGAGAAACCCUAUGAAUGUAAGGAAUGUGGAAAAACUUUUAGUCGUGCCUCAUACCUUGUACAACAUGGGAGAAUCCAUACUGGUGAGAAACCCUGUAAGUGUAAGGAAUGUGGGAAGGCCUUUAGUUCUGGCUCUUACCUCAUUCAGCGUCAAAGAAUUCAUACUGGUGAGAAAUCCUAUGAAUGUAAGGAAUGUGGGAAAGCCUUUACUGUGUAUGGACAAUUUAUUGGGCAUCAGAGCGUUCAUACAGGUGAGAAACCCUUUGAAUGUAAGGAAUGUGGAAAGACCUUUAGAUAUAGUUCAGCCCUUAAAGCAUAUCAGAGAAACCAUAUGGGUGUAAAGCCCUAAGAAUUUAAGGAAUUUAGGAAGUCCUUUUUGUAUGGCUUAAACAUUGUUCAGCAUCAGAGAAUUUGUGCUGGUGAGAAACUUUUGAAUAUAAAAUAUGUUGGUAGGCCUUUAGAAAAUAUUCUCAUCUUUCUUUUAUUACACAAUUCAUGAUGGGAAUUCCCUGCUGGUCCAGUGGUUAGGACUCCAUGCUUUCACUGCUGAGGGCUCAGGUUUGAUCCCUGGUAGGGGAACUAAGAUCCCAGAAGCCGCGAGGUGUGGCCAAAAAAGAAAAAAAAAAUUCAUAAUGUAAUUCAGAAAACAUAAGAAAGCCUUAAUUUGUCAUUCCUGUGUUUACAUUAUCAGAAUAUCAUCACCACACUGGUGGCCAAUUCAGAAAAGGUGGGAAACAUUAUUAAUGCUUACAGCAUUGAUAGCAUGAAAUUUUAUGACAUGUUCUAAUAUGAUUGAAUAAGUGAAUUGAAAAACCUUCCAGUUGCUUUUAAAUCAUUUGGAACUUCAGAUAAUUCAUCCUAAUUUUUAAAACCCAGUUAAUGUGAUACAUAUUGGAAAGCCUUUAGCCAUAUCACGCAUGUUAACACGCAUCAUUGUUAUUCUACACCUAACAACCUGUUUGACACUAGGCACCAUACUUUUCAUCUCAGGGCAUUGUUUUAAAAUGGUGAUGAUAAUAGAACCUACGUAGUUGUAAAAACCUGUGCUCAAUAGUCAUUAGUUUUAUUAUUAUCAUAUUUUUUAAACUGCUAGUGAAAUUUUGAGAGUAAGACCCUACAGGUGUAAUUAAUUUAGAGAUGUCCCUCUCUCCAUAUAUCCAUUUUAGAAUUUUAGAUAAAUCUUCCUGGAUAAAACUUUGUAGAAAGAAAGAAACAUGAGAGGAUAUUCAUUUAGAACUCGUCUCUUAAGUUGAAUCAGACAAUUCAUGAAAGUUACCCAGCCUUUUAAUGUGUGUGCCUGUAAUCCACAUUCUUUGUCCAAAAUUCAGUAUGCGAUAGAAAUUAAUAAUAGGAUAGAAAAAAAUAAACUGUCCACUUGGAAAUUUCUUUUGCAACUUUUAAAAUGGAAAUUUCAACAUAGAGAAAAGUAGAAGGAAUGGUAACACUGCCGACAUCUUUGGUAAUAUUUUGCCUUAUUUAUUUUAUCUCUAUCUCCUUCUCUCUAUCUUGUACGUGUUAUUUCUGCAGGUAAGAGGAAGUUGUAGACUUCACCCCUAAAUAUUAAUCUUUUGCUCGAGUCCUGCCUUUUUUUUUUUUUGAAUUUUAUUUUAUCUUUAUAUGGAAGGUUCUUAUUAGUUAUCCAUUUUAUACAUCUUAGUGUGUACAUGUCAAUCCCAAUCU